AAUCAAUACUUUUAAUAAUGUUUAGUGAUCGUUCUCUCGAAGCCGUGAGUUUCAACUCACAACUAUCUACAACGAAAUCGCAGCAAUCGACAGACGUACAGACAACGGAAAUUGUUUAUGAUGAUAAACCCGUACAAACAAUCGAAACAAGAACCGUCGAGACCCAAACGAUAACUGAAGAAAAAAAGAAGCCAGAUAUAAACUAUGGUAGGUUGGCUCAAUUUCUGAACAGAGUUGCACCAAGCAUAUUAGAAGCUUUAGAUGAAUCAUGUGGAACCAAUGCAUUUGAAGAUUAUGAGCCAAAGACUGAUGAAGAUACACUUACAACCACACAACUUCUCCAAAAGAUUCAUAGCACUAAUGAAUCAGAUUCCAAGAUGAAAGUAAGCGAUAUAAGUUGGAGUAUUGGAGGAGGAACUCUAGUUGUUUCUCAUGGCAUUUCUUAUCACCAAACAUGGUGUGACCAUCUGUCUAAAUUGCAACUUUAUAAUCAGACAAAGGAGGGUAACUUUACAGAGAAUCCAAACAAAACAUUAGAAACAAAUGCCUGUGUCACAACACUAGCUUAUCAUCCAACUGAACCAUCCAUUAUAGCAGCUGGCUUGUUCAAUGGUGAUGUUCUUGUAUGGAACUUAAGAGGGGAUGAUGGAUCAAUGACACCAACAACAAUUUGCACCCAUGGUGAUUCUGUAUCUCAAAUAUAUUGGAAAGCAAGAACCAUAAAUGAUGUAUCAUUGCUAGUUAGCUCUAGUAAAGACGGAUACAUCUUUAUCCACAGGAUGGUGGCCAAUUUUACGAUUGCUCGCGUAUACAAACGACUGAAAGUAGUUAAAGAGCAUAAUCCAAUAGAGAGCUCAAGACCACGUAGUGCGGGUGGAACACGCGAACGUGCUGUGGAAUCUGGAUUAUGUAUUACCACCUUUGACUUUUCAUCUAGAGAUCCUAUAUUCUUCAUUGUAGGUACUUUAUGUGGUGGAAUAUACAAGUGUAGCUUAGAUCGCAUUGCUCCUAUUGAAGGAGACGAAACUCUCAUGGAUCCCGUGAUAGACGAGUAUGAAAGACACGAGGGCAGCAUUACGUGCAUUAAAUGUUCUCCCAUUCAUAAUCUCUUUGUUACUUCCAGCACAGACAAGGAAUUACGUAUAUACGACUUCGAAGAGCACACAUGCCUGCGAUCGAUUUCUACCGAAAAUACAAUCGUAGGAUUAACGUGGAUGAUAGGAAAUCAAGAUAUACUGGCGUCUUAUGGCGCUGGCUCUAAUAUAGGAUUAUACAACGUCACCGAUGGUAAAGUCAUAACAAACGUGAAUUUUGAAAGUACUAACAGAGAAAACACUAGCUGUCUACGUGUGAAUUCGAAGAAAGGUAUGGUGGCUAUUGGCGACGCCCAAGGAAAUAUCGAAAUUUGGAAAAUCCCAAGACAAUUAUUCUAA